AUGAUACGGUACUGCGUCCUGGCGGUGUUCCAGGCGCACAGCGGGGCCAUCAACGCGCUGGCGCUGGGCGAGGGCGUUGCAGUCACCGCCGGCGACGACAGCGCCGCCGCGCUCUCGCCCUGCGGCCUGCGCGUCGCGGUGGGCUGCGAGGACGGCGCGCUGGGCGUGCUGGACCUGGGGGCGCGGCGCUACGCGCCGGCGGUCAGGAGCCACUGCGGAUGCGUCAACGCGGCCGUGGCGCACCCGGACAGGCCAGAAUAUGCGACAGUGUCUUCUGACGGCACCGCGCGCAUCUGGGACGCCGCGCCCGGUGGCGCCGGCCGCCAGCUGUACGAGUUCCGGGUGACGGGCGACGGCGCCGCGACGACGGUGGCGUACCACCCCAUCAGAUAUGAGCUGGCUGUGGGAUACGAGAGCGGGGCGGUCCGCGUGUUUGAUGUGGCGACGACGCGGGUGCUGCGAGACGCGCGGCAGCACGCGGGGCCAGUGGCGGGGCUGCUGCUGGGGCCGGAGGGCGCGCGGCUGCUGUCGUGCGGCGCGGACGGCGCGGUGGUCGUGUGCGAUGCGGCGCGGGGCUACCAGCCAGUGCGUGUCCUCCCCGGAGACGACGCCUCGCAGGGCCGCACCCCGCCGGGCCCUGCCGCUGCGGCCCUCAGCCCCGAUGGCGCGACCCUGGUGAUAACCUCGGGCCCCCGGCGGCGGCCGCGCGCAGCUGCGGCCGGGGCCGGCGCGGACACGGCUGGCGGCGCGGCAGCGGCGGCGACAGCGGCGGCGGUGGCGGGAAGCUGCCUGCUGGUCUUUGAUGCUGAGUCGCUGGAGCCGCGGCUGUGCAUCGAGACGCAGGCGGCCGGAUACAGCAGGCUGCUGUUUUCGCAAGACGGCGCCAGCCUGUGGGGCCUCACCACCGCCGGCGACCUGCUGCGCUUCCACCUGGCCACCGGCCGCCUCGCGCAGCGCCUCGCGACCCCCCACCGCGGCGGCUGCGAGGCGCUCGCGCUCGCGCCGGGCGGGCGUGGCGUCAUCACAGGCGGGGCUGACAAGAUUGUCAAGGUCUGGGCGGUCGAGGCGGGCGGAGCGGAGCGGGGUCUGCCGGUCGCUGCCGUCGAGGAGUGGCCGCCGGCGCACCAGAGCUUCGUCGGACAUCCGGGCGCUGUGAAAGAUAUUGCGAUCCAAGGGAACCAGCUCAUCGCCUGCGGCGCCGGCGAUGCCAUCACGCUCUGGCGCCUCACGCCUGGGGCAGCUUGUGGGUCUGCGCCUCUCUUCGACGCGCAGCCUGCAUCGCGGCCGGGCCCUUGGAACGAGGCGGCAGCGCGUGGUGGUGCUGCCGGCGGCGCGAGAGCGGCGUCCGACGCCCACCCAGACGCGAACGUGACGAUGCGCAGCUGGCUGGUCGACGGCGAAGGGCGUCGCAGGCCGGCGUGGGCGCCGCGCGUCCUGGAGAGCGGUUUGGGCGGAUUGGACGGGGAGGCAGGCGCCGCGUCUGGCGCCGGCAGCGAAGGGCGCUUGGUGCAGGAGCUGCGGGGGCUCACUGUUGACCCUGGCACCGAGCCAUCUCCUCUGUUCGCCGCGGGCGCGCCCGGCAGCCCGCCUCUCGCGCCCUCGCCUGUCAUCACGGGCCGGGCCUCCGCAGCCGCCGCGCCCCCGCUCGCGCCGCCGAACGCCGCCAUCGUCGGCUUCGGCGCGGCGUCGGCGCGCUGCGUGAUCUGGGCGCGAUCCGAGGGAUCUGUGAUCUACGCGUCGGACAACAUCAUCGUCGUGGAAGAUUUGGAGACGCACCACCAGGCCCUGCUGCAGCACCACCGCCAGCCGGUGGGCGCGCUGGCGCUCAGCGCGGACGGCGCCCUGCUGGCGUCCGCCGCGGCCGCGGCGGACGCGCCUGGCGGCGCGGCGGAGGUGUGCGUGUGGGACGUGCGGUCGAGGGCGCUGCUGCGGCUGCUGCGGCACCACGGCGCCGGCGUAGGCGUGCUCGCGUUCUCUCACGACGGCGCCUGGCUCGCGUCGGCAUCGGGUGGCGCGCGUCGAGCGGAAGCGCGCGGUCCGGGAGGUGCGAGCGUGGCCGGCGGCCGCGUCAGUGGUUGUGCUGGUGAUGGCGAUGUUGGUGGCAUGAUGGGUGGCAGCCUGGUGCUGUGGGACCUGGAGGAGGGGGAGCCCUUGGCCCUGGGCAGGACACAGGGGCUCCUUACUGCGGGCGCCGACGGCCUCCUCCUGUGGACCCUCAAGCCCCAGUUCCUCGAGCAGCGGGCCCUCACGCUGCCGGGCGCGGAGCGCGCGUGCGUCGCCCUUUGCACCGCCGACGCCGUCGGUCCCGGUGGGGCCAACGAGGGAGCGCUGCUCGCGCCGCAGCUGGUGGACGGCGCCAAUCUGCGCGGCGAGUGGGUGGUUCCUGACGGCGGCACUGGCGGCGGCGGCGACGCGUUCGCUGAAGGCCCCCGGGCUGCGUGGGCGGCCGAGGCGUCGCGCACUGUAUUUGUCGCCGACGCCGCCGGCGGCGUGUGGCGCGCGGACCUCGGAGAGGGCCGCCUCGUGUGCUGCGUGCGCGGCGCCGCGCUGCCGGCCGGCGAGGCGGCGACAGCCCUUCAGUGGAGCCGGCGGGCGGGCACCCUGGCCGUUGCCACGGACCAGGGGCGCGUGCUGCGCUAUGACGUCGGCGGCGGCGGCAGUCCCCGGGCCGCGGCGCCCUGGCAGCUGGAGGGACAGGUGAUGCUGGACGGCCCCGUGGCGGCGAUGAGCCUCGAGCCAGAGGGGCUGACGGAGGGCGUCGUCGCCACUGCCGGCUGCACGGCGUGGUACGUAUCGCUGGCCGAGGGCGCCGCCGGCGCGCGCAUGCCGGUAGUGUGCGGGCACGCGGGGCAGGUGCUGCUGCUGGUGUCGGCGGGGCCCUCGCGGCGAUCAGGCGGCGGCGGGGGGGAUGAGGGUGCGGGGCCGGCCGCGCCGUCCCUGGUGGUGUCUGUGGCGAGCGACGGGCUGCUGCGGGUCUGGCAGGCGGACAGCGCCCAGGCUUUCCCUGCGGUCGAGUUCGAAUCCGAUGCGCCCUGCACAGCCGCCUGCUUCGCUCCCGGCCCCGCAAGCGGCGACGACGCCGCCGGCCCUGACGCCGGCGGCGGCGGCGACCCCGCGCAGCAGCCGCCGCUGCUGGCUGCGGGAUAUGCUGACGGCCGUCUGCGCGUGUUUGACCUGCGGCGGCGCGCCAUCCUGUGGAGCGCCGCGCGGCACCCGAGCCCUGUGGUGGCGCUGGCGUGGCACCCAACGCAGCCGCUGCUCUUGUCGGCGAGCAGGGACGGCUCCAUCGCGGUGACCCACACCGACACGUCGCGCCUCGCAUCCAUCUGCCACGACUUCACGCACGCCGUCUCGCCGCUGCACGCGCUUGCGGUGUCCCCCGGCGACACCGGGCUGUGCGCCGGGGCGUGGCUGGACCGGCUGGUGGUGUUUGGGGCGCCCUGGAGGGCGGCGCAGGGGCAGAGGGCGCCGGUGGUGGCAGAGUACCGCUGCCCAGAGGUGCCCGACUCCCUGCCUCAGGGCGUCGAGCCCCGCGUUGUGUUCCUGCCCCACAGCCCCCGCCUCCUGCUCUUCUCCAGCCCCUGCCUCGGCGCCACCGCCCUGCUUUUCGACGCUGCAGCCAACCGGCCCCUGCGUACGCUCGCGCUGCCUGCGCCGGCGGCGGCGCUGGCGGCCGCGCCGUGCGGGCGGUACAUCGCCUUUGGCAUGGAGAACGGCGGCGUGCUGGUGGCCGACACAGAGGGCGAGGCGUCGGUGGAGCUGUCGGGUCACAUCAGGCCCGUUCGGGCGCUGGCGUUUGGGGCGGGCGGAGAACUGGUGUCGGCGGCCGGGGAGGCAAUGUGGGUGUGGCAGCCAGAUGCCUCAAGGGCGCGGCGGUGA